AUGUAUAAUAACUUUACCAAGUUCCCUCAAGGACCAAAUCCCCAAUUUGCAAAUAGUGCUCAUUCGAGUGCUCAGAAUAGUCCAAAUUUUAGAAGUGAAUUCUUAUCAAAUGCAAAUGCUUCUUCAGAUUCGGUAAAUCAUCAUCAUCAACAUCAUCCAAAUGAUAAUAUCGACGUAGAUGACUCUUUCACUUUUAAUACUCCUCCCAAUAAUAAUUUCACCUUCACUCAACCGUAUCUGCCUUUGAAAAAUUCUUCUACAACUUCAAAUCCUUUGAAAAAAUCUUCUUCGGCCAACGUGAAUGAUUAUGAAUUAUCGAGUUUAAAUCGUAAUCAAAAUCCUUUUGGUGAUGAUGGUGGUUAUUUACCUCAAUCAGAUCCAAGAUACAGUGCUGCUCCUUCAAAUCCUUUCGCUCAGCCAGCUAUACCUGAUAAAAGAUUCGAUCCUGGUAGUAGAGAAUUACCCCUUCCUCCUCCUUCUGCUGAACAAUUAGAACAUGAAAAAUUGAAAAAAAAUGAAAAAAAUCGUUUAAAACAAAUUAGAAGACAUCCUAGAUUUCACUAUACCAAAUUACCUUAUUUUACAAUGAUUGUUACUUUGAUUCAAGUAAUUGUCUUCAUAGUUGAAUUAGUGAAAAUGUCCAGUCUAACCGGAUCGGCUUUUCAAACAAAACCUUACUUUAAUCCAAUGUUAGGUCCUUCAACUUAUGUUUUAAUUAAUAUGGGUGCUCGUUAUGUUCCUUGUAUGCAUAAAAUUACUAAUAUUACAGACGACUUAACUAUCAAUUUCCCUUGUCCAAACUCAACUCUGAUCGAGACAAACGUUUGUUCCUUAAAUGAAUUAUGUGGUCUUGAUGGUUUACCUAUCCAUAAUGAUGCUUAUCAACCAGAUCAAUGGUAUAGAAUUAUAACUCCAAUUUUUUUACACGCUGGGUUUUUACAUAUCAUUUUCAAUCUUUUACUUCAAGUUACCAUGGGUGCAACUAUAGAAAGAGCUAUAGGUUCUAUCAAAUAUUUCGUAAUUUAUCUUGCAAGUGGUAUCGGUGGGUUUUUAUUAGGUGCUAAUUUCUCUCCUAAUGGUAUGGCUUCAACUGGUGCUUCGGGUUCCUUAUUUGGUAUUAUGGCAACUAAUAUAAUUCUUUUUGUUUUUAGUGGUCGUAAAAAUCAUAAUUUAUAUGGUACCAAUCAUUAUGCUCUAUUUAUUUUUAUAAUGAUUGGUGAAAUAAUUAUCUCCUUGGUCUUGGGUCUUUUGCCAGGACUUGAUAAUUUUAGUCAUAUUGGUGGUUUCGCUUGUGGUUUAUUAUUAGCAGUCUUGCUUUUACCUGAUCCCUUCUUUUGUUAUCAAGAUGGUAUCAUUACUUAUAACGCUCAUGAUGGUACCAUGCAACAAUUCUUAAAUAAUUGGAACCCUAUGCAUAAUUUCGAAGAUAAAAUCCCAGUAAGAGUUUACUGUUGGUUUAGCGCUCGUGUGGUUGCUUUAGUUUUAUUCAUCUUAUAUUACGCUAUGUUGGCUAAAAACUUUUUCACCCAAAAGCUGAGACCGUUAGGUGAUACCUGUAAAUGGUGUAAAUAUAUUAAUUGCAUUCCAGUCCAUGGCUGGUGUGAAAUUGGUCAAGUUUCUGUGGAUGAUACUACAACUACUCCUUCUUCUACUUCAAACUCAAACGAAACUGGCUCUUCUCAGGGCCUUCAAGGAAUCAAAAAUCAAAAGAGAAGUAGAAACUAUCAGCAAGAGAAGUUGGCUGCAAACGCUCGUGCCUUUCAACCAUCCAUCGAAAAUGAUUCUAUCGUCCAUAAACAAAUCAAUUCGGGUCAUUCAUUCGUUAAUGAUCAAAACUCGGGACUUGAAGUCGAAGCAAAUGAUAGGCUUGGGAAGAAGAUCAAGGUCAAGUGUCUUCCUUCGGAUACCAUUGGUGAUUUGAAAAAGAUUAUUGGAUUACAAAUUGGAACUUCCCAUGAGAAAUUAGUUUUGAAAAAAGGUUAUCAAGUAUUCAAGGAUCAUAUAUCGUUAGAUGACUAUGAGGUACAUGAUGGGUUUAAUUUUGAGUUAUACUACGGUUAG